GAGGGUUAAAAUAUUAUGAAGGUAUCGCUAAAGAAAAUAUUGGUAAAGUUAUUAAUAAUGAAAGAUUGAUAAAUGAAGGUGAAUCUGAUAAAUUAGCUGGAGAAUCUGAGCGUGAUGCGGCUUCAGGUCACAAGAAAGCUGAAAAGGCUACCAAAACGCCGGAUUCGAUCAAAAAAGAAGGGACAGUAACGGAUGAACUUGUUGAUAUGAUUCGGAAAAGCAAAUUGUAA